GGCAGCAGGGCUGAGGCCGGGCCCUGGCCCCGCACACGUGCCCCCAGCACGGGCAGCUCCUGCCCCGCCUCUGCGGCCACCCAUAAAAGCGCUGUCCUGGGCCAGGCCUGCAUCCACUGCCGCCGCCUGGCUCUGCUCAGCCCAAGGCCAGCCUCAUCUCCCUCACGCCAAGAUGUCCUGCUACGACCUGUGCCCCCCCAGGAGCAGCGCUGACCUGUGCCCCCCCAGGACCAGCGUGGCCGUGCCCCAGCCCAUCGCUGAGAGCUGCAACGAGCUGUGCGCCCACCAGUGCCCCGACUCCUCGGCCUUGAUCCAGCCGCCGCCCGUGGUGGUCACCUUCCCCGGGCCCAUCCUCAGCUCCUUCCCCCAGCAGGCCGUGGUGGGCUCCUCCGGAGCACCGGCCUUUGGCGGCUCCCUGGGGCUGGGCGGCCUCUACGGCACCGGCGCCACCCAGGCCUCGGGGGGCCUCUGCACCUUUGGCAGAGCCUACGCUGCUCCCGCCUGCAGCCCUUGCGCCCUGCCCCGCUACAGCAAGAAGUUCUGGGACACCUGCGGGCCCUGCUAGGCUCAACACCAGAGCCCUUUCUAUCUCUCAGCAGUGGAGAAAUCUAGAAAUUUUUAAUCCUAAA